GAACCAUCUUAAUAGUUGCAUGUGUGUAUUUUUGUUCUUAAAAAUCAGCGUCGUGUAUUGGACCCCCUAAAAAAAGCAAGAAGCUUUGUGAUUUAAAAAACAAAAUUCGUUUGCAAAUAUUUGUUUUUUGUUUUUUUUUUUUUUGUUCUAAAUAAAAACAGUGUGGCUUUAAACAGUCAAACUGGAUUCCAACAAACAGUAUAUGUCGCGAUUACAUCGCGAGUACAAGAGGCUUAAGAAGUUAUUCAAGCGUGUGGCGAACCAGACGCUUACCGUUUCGCCACAACCGGCAGUAACGGUGGAGGGGCCGGUGUCUAAAAUGUCUCCACCGACGAACGAUGUUACGAAUGGGGUGAUAGCGCCUCCAAGUAACCUUACACCCCGGAUUCCAUCGACAACGAAUCCGGCUUUAACGUCCAUCAAUCCUCCCACCCACAAGCGCUCCUCCACUGAUUUUAUCUUUGGCAAAGUGAUAGGCGAAGGCAGCUUUUCUACCGUCUACAUUGCCAAGGACAUUCAUACGAAUAAAGAAUAUGCAAUUAAAGUAUGCGAAAAGCGGCACAUUAUCAAGGAGAAAAAAACGGAAUAUGUGAAACGUGAAAAAGAGGUGCUCAACAUGUUGGUAGGCGCAAAACAUUCAUUUGUACGUUUAUUUUGUACAUUUCAAGAUCCAGAAAGAUUAUAUUUUGUCUUGUCAUACGCUAAAAAUAGUGAACUAUUACCCUAUAUCACCAAAGUUGGUUCAUUCGAUAUUGAAUGUACAAAAUUUUAUUCAGCCGAAAUUCUUCGCGGUUUGGAAUAUCUUCAUGGUUUAGGAAUAAUUCAUCGUGACUUAAAGCCUGAAAAUAUUCUCCUCGAUGAAAAAAUGCAUGUACUAAUUACUGAUUUUGGUAGUGCAAAAAUUCUCAAAGACGAUCCUGAAGUGUUACGACCAUCCGGAACUGUUGAUGAAGAACAACAACAACAAAGGAGGCAAAGAAGAAAUUCAUUUGUUGGUACAGCACAAUACGUUUCACCUGAAUUACUAACUGAUAAAGUUGCAUCUCGAGCGUCUGAUCUUUGGGCACUUGGUUGUAUUAUUUAUCAAAUGGUAGCUGGUUUACCGCCAUUUCGUUCGAGGAGUGAGUAUUUAAUUUUUCAACAAAUAUUAAAACUCGAAUAUGAAAUACCCGAUGGAUUUUCGGAACUUGCAAAAUCAUUGGUUGGACAAUUAUUGGUACUUGAUCCCACGCAAAGGUUGGGUGCACAAGAUGAACAUGGAUCAGGUUAUCCAAGUAUUAGAGCGCAUCCAUUGUUUGAUGGUAUUGAUUUUGAGACAUUGCACGAGCAAAAUCCACCGCCAAUUUAUCCUUAUUUACCUGGUACAUCGGAAAAUGAGGAAUUAAGAUCACAAUAUCGUGUGCCCGAUCAUUUGGAACCUGGUCUUGAUGAUAAACAAUUGACAAGAUUAUUGGGCUUAGGCAUUACGGAUGAAAGAAAAUCACAGGAAAAAUCUGAACCAGUGACAAUUGUCGAAGAGCCGAAGAGAAAGAAAAGUGUUAUCUCCGAUUUAUCAGAUGAGGAAAUGAAGAAAUUAUUAGAUAAACAACGUGCAUCAAAUCAAUGGCACAAGUUUGUUGAUGAAAAUCUUAUAUUGAAACAGGGUUUUGUCAAUAAACGAAAAGGUUUAUUUGCAAGAAGAAGAAUGCUUUUGCUUACAACUGGACCACAUUUAUUUUAUGUUGAUCCAGUUAAUAUGGUGCUUAAAGGUGAAAUACCAUGGAGUCCUGAAUUGAGGGUUGAACCGAAAAAUUUCAAAAUAUUCUUCGUUCAUACACCAUGUAGAACAUAUUAUCUAGAGGAUUCUGAAGGAUUUGCGUUACAAUGGUGUGAUGCUAUUGAAGAAGUGAGGGUUCAUAGUUACUCGCGGGAAAAUGCAUUGUAAAAAUUAAAAAAAAACAUAAAUUGAUGUCAUUUUUGUGAAGAAACUGCAUAAUAUCGCAUUUACGACUUUCAGAAUUCAAGUAGGUAGAAGUAGUGUCAAUUUUUUUUUUUUUUUUUUUCAACAAAAAAUGGUAGGUAAGAAUUUAAUCUAAGAGGCGACAAUUAGGACCGUUAUAAAUUAUUGUAGUUGAAAUUAAGAUGGACGAUUAUGUAAUUUGUCUUUUUUUUUCAUUUUCACAAAAAAAAAAUGCGUAUUCGUCCAUAUAGUGAAUUUUGCAACUAGUAAAUUAUCAUCAUGUCGAGAGAACAUGUAAAUUCCUAAAAAAAAAGGGUUUUGGAAAAAACUGCCGUUUUUUCUAAAAUCUAAAUAGUUAACUAGUGGAACGUUAAAGAGUCGAGAAUUUUUUUUUGUUUUUUUUUGUUUUUAUGUCAAUCGUGGGGGAAAAAAAACUGUACAAACAAUUUAUACAGAACAAAAUAGGUAAACUAGUUUUGUAAUAAGAAUGAUAAUGAAAAAUGCUGUGACGAAUGCUCCUUUUAUAGCUUUAAUUUCAUUUGCGAAGUGAGAAUUUUGUCCAAAUGCAUUAUUAUACAUUUCGCAAUUUUUUUUCCAUCGUCACUACAUUUUUUUUUUUUGCGUUGAUUUGUCUUUUUUGUACAGUGAAAUUAUUCGUAUACUGGAAUUCAAGUUUUUAAAAAAGAGGUUCACAACGAAAUUAAUAUAUAAUAUAUAAAAUUAUUGCACGUGUGACACUCGUAAAGAAAAAAAAAAAUAUUACUCAGCAGAGUUUACGUUUAAUAUGAACUCGAAAAAAAAAAUUCAAGUCAACUUUUUACAUAAACUUAUAUUUUAUAUAGCAAUUUUCUUUAUUUUUUUUGAUGUCACAAUUUUUUAUCAUGUAAUUUUUGUCAUCUAAAUAUUUCAUGUGGAAUUCGCUAGUUUGGCAUUUUUAUUUAAUAUUAUGAAAAGCAAUUAUUUCUCUUUCUCAAUAUUUAUUAGUUUUGUUUUUUUUUUUAUUAUUAAAUUGUGUUAUUUUUAUAUUAUGAAAAUUUUGCUGCCACCACUGCGACUUGUUGAGUAAUAAGAUUGCCGUCAUUAAUAUAGAAAACAAAAAUAAUUAAGUAUCUCGCCUACACCCUUGAAUUAUUUUUUUUUUUUUUGUUAUGUUAGAAAACAUAUUUACUCUCGUGUUUUUUUUUUUUUUGUCGUUUGUCUUUAAAGAAAAAUUGUGUUCUGUUUAUAAAAAAUUGCGAUUGAGUCACAACCAAUCCUGUAAUAUAUCUAUUUGUACAUUUUUUAUACAUAAUAUGUUACAACAUAAUUAUAUUAUAUAUAUGUAUAUGCUUAUAUGAAUAAUAUACAUAAAUUCUUAGAACUGUGAAUACUAGUUAGGCAAAAGUGUAUUAAUGUUACUUAGAUCGAUUAAACUCGUUGCAAUCUUAUGGUUGUGUGACUCGGUCGCAGUGGUUUUACAAAUACGAAAGUCUAAAUGGUUAAUUGUAUGUUUAAUUAAAUUAAUUUAUGUUUAAUUUGUAUCUCGCUCGCGCACACGCGCGUAUAAAGACUUAAGGGAAAAGAAAGAAUGAUAAAACUGUUCGUUAUGAUAAAAAUUGGAAUUAAAUUCGUAGAAAUGUUCAAAAUUUUUUUGCGAAAAAAAAAAAAAAAAAAAAAAUUUGUCAUUGUUCUCGAUCUCAACAAUUUGAUCAAGAUGACCGCUUUUGAUUAGUUGUGUACAGAACGAGCGGAUGAAAUUCCAAUUACCAAUUCAAAAAAAAAAAUCAUCUUCUUAUUCUCUUCUAGUUUAGAUAGAUUCAUUAUCAUUUAGAUUUAUUGUAGUUUAACGAAAUGUGUGGUGCGCGGGAGAGAACUUAAUAGAAUGAUUAAAGAAAAGAGAAAAAGAAAAAGCGAACCCUCGAAAAAAUAUGCGAACCAUUCUUUUUAAUACUCUGACAAACUAUAUAAGACUGGUAUUUUCGCUUUUACGACUGAAUAGUACCUUGUUGUCUUCAUUCGCAAAAGCUCUUGUUGUAUAAUUACUCAUUAAAAAAAGAAAAAAAAAAAAAAAAA